AAACUGAGAAGUGAGUGUUACAGUGAUUACAUAUUUCUAUCUGCAUUCAAUACAGAAAACAGUAGUUAGUUACGUACUAAUAUUUUAAUCUGAUCGUUUAAUAUUAGAGUACAAACCAUUGAUAAUUUAACAAUGUCUGAAUGUAAUACAGUGACCAUCCGCAAGGCUGAAUUAGACGAUAUGCCGCAAGUAUUUCAAAUGAUAAAGGAACUCUCAGACUUUGAAGACAUGGGUCACAAGGUAAAAAUUGAUGUAGAAAUCUUGAAAAGGGAUUUGGCAGAAAAAUCUCCUGCUUUCCAAUGUAUCGUAGCAGAAGUACCUGAUGGCAAAUUAAUAGGAUAUGCUGUGUAUUCUCAGAUUUACUCAACUUUUGACGGCAAAACUGUGUACUUAGAAGAUUUGUACGUUAGUCCAAAAUACAGGGGUUUGAAAGCCGGUAAAAAUCUCUUUCUGACUGUCAUGAAAAAUGCUUAUCAAGAUGGCUGCAGACGCGGUUUUUUUCACGUUCUGACAUGGAACCCAGCUGUAAAAUUCUACCACGAACUAGGAGCCGUUAAUGUUACCCAGAGAGACAACUACCAAAUAUUAAGAAUGGAACAAGAAGUCUUUCAGAAACUAUUUUCUUAAUGUACUUGUUAUAAUUUAAUAAACGGUAAAACACUUAC